AUAAGUAAACUUAGGAAAACAAUACAAACUCGAUCAUUUCAGUCACAUUUCUCAAGAACGCAGCAUGAAGCACAUCAUUGUGACUUGUGUUAUGAUAGGAAUCGGAGUUUUCUUCACUGACCAGGCACAAGUAAAGUCAAACUAUUUUAAGAUUGGCGGCGUUGGGAGAAGAGUAAAUGGAACUGCGACAGAGAGGUUUUUUGAUGUUGUUCAAACAACAGAGUGCGUAGUCAGAUGUAUUCACACCAUCGGGUGUUUGUCGUUCAAUUACAAUCCCGUUACACUGGAGUGUCUUGUCUACACGGUGGGCGGGUUAGAGAAAUACGACGAUGCUAACUGGGUAUAUGGUUACGCGAAGAGAGGUGCUGGUGUUUUUCAUGUGAAUGGUCCCUGGGGUAAAUACAGCAUAGCUGAUCCAACCGUCGCUGAAUCCGUAUGUACCAACAGCUACAACGCCAAGUCGCUUGCAACCCGUGACCAGCUGGCUGAAAUGGUUGCAAAUGGAUUCUUCUUGUGCAGAUGUGGAUGGAUAGCAGAUGGAUCAUCGGUUAUUCCGUUGAACUACACAACAAAUAAUUGUAUGGACAAUGACGUGCCACCUGGUGUCAUAAAUUGUGUUUCCCCAGGUGGACCAUUACCAGGGUAUGCACCAAAUGGCCAGGAUGCUUUUUGUUAUACAGAUUUCUAA